AAGCGUCUCGUAACUGAAGCGCGAGUGCAGGCUCAUUUUCUCACCAUUCAUCUUCCUCAGCGGUUGGAUGCGCGGCGGGAGAGUCACAUCACUGGGCACAGUGUCAGAAAGAGGAGAUUCCAGCUGUAAUAAACAUGAAAUAACGACAGAAGAGGAAUUUAUAUCAAACGCGGCGUAUUGUUUUCUUAUCUGGGUCAGUUACAGUUUUUUCGUUGCUGAGUUCUGCUUGUAUCCCUCGAAAAACUGGGUGCAUUUUAAUGAUGAGUUUAAUAUUGCUUGCUACGUUUUCGCGAAGGAAUUAUUAGAAAAUCGUGACCAGAUCUCUCUUGUCAGACCACUUUUAACGACUGGAAUAUGGCAAAAAAUAUUGUAGACGUCCCAAGGGAUGAUUUAAGUAAGUUAUCGGAUGAAGAACUGCUUAAAUGUAGCAAAGAGGAGCUGCUUAGGAGACUCCGGAAAGUGGAUGGUGAAAAGAUCCACUUGAUGGUGGAACACGGGAACAUGAUGAAGGACGUCAACCGGAGAUUACAAGUGCAUCUCCACGAAAUACGGAGUUUGAAGGAGGUCAACCAGAAACUGCAAGAAGACAACCAGGAGCUUAGAGAACUGUGCUGUUUCUUGGAUGAUGAUCGGCAGAAAGGAAAGAAGCUGUCCAGGGAAUGGCAGAGAUUUGGCAGGCACACUGCCAGUGUUAUGUGGAAGGAGGUUGGUAUAUUCCAACAAAAACUGAAAGACCUAGAAGCCAACCAAGAGAGUAUGAUGAGAGAGAAUGUGGAGCUGAAGGAAAUCAUCCUCAUGUUGGAUGAUGAGAGGAAUGGAGCCGGAUCCAGGAGCUCCAUAGACAGCCAAUCCAGUCUGACCAAUCUGAACGGAGGUUCUGCUACUGUGAGGGAUGUUGGAGAUGGGAGCAGUACCUCUAGCACGGGUAGUGCUGGAAGCCCUGAUCACCACCACAGCCAUAUUCACAAACCUUCAGAGGGAAAGAUCAUGUCUAUCAGGAGGUCUAUGGAUGAUCUAUCAACCAACCAUUUUAUCAGAAGCAUACCGAAUGGCCUCAACGAUUCAUCUUCAAACUACAUCCGCCAACUUGAGUCUAAAGUCCAGAUUUUAGAGGAAGACAACAAGCAAUUGUUAUCCCAGCAAGGGAGCAUGGGAGAUUUGAAGACACUUCGGAAAGGGCUGUCCCUGUAUCACUCAGAGUCCCAGCUCUCCUCACUAUCCCAGUUUCAGGACACCUUACAGAAUCGAUCUACGCGGAUGCCAGGAGGUGAUCUGCUGUCCCCCGUCACCGGAUACCUGCCGGCAGCACAGAAACCAGAAGCUGUUGUACAUGCCAUGAAAGUAUUAGAAGUCCACGAAAACCUGGACAGGAAGCUCCCAGAGGACUACGAGGAGGACCUUAGUGAAAAAGAGAAAGCCAUUGUCAGAGAGAUGUGUAAUGUUGUGUGGCGUAAGCUCGGUGAUGCGGCAGGAUCCAAACCCUCCAUCCGCCAACAUCUCUCUGGGAACCAGUUCAAAGGCCCUAUGUAGCUCCUGUGUCAAUGACCAGCAGGGCCUUGAACAAACAAACAAAUCUGUG